GUGCGUUUCGUACUUUCGUGUAUGGGCAUUCCGUCAAUAAACAUUUCUUUUACAAAUAAUAUAAACCAUUUUAAACUACUUAUGACUUGUGGUUGACGUAAUUAACGCAAAUUAAUAGUGACACCGUCGAGUUUGUUUGGUUUAGUGAGUGAACAGUGUUACCUUUUUGUUUCAUUUUUUGAGAAAAUAUGUUGACGUCGAGAUCUAGAGGUAACGAAGAGCGUCAGAGGGCAGCGAAGCCCUAUUGUCAGUGUUGGAACGACAGCAGGCCUACGCCUUGGGAGCCUCCGGGCGGCUGCAGUUGCGGCGAGCACUCACACAUCAGUGAAUGGUGUUGGGAGAUACCAGACACAACGGGCACAAGUUGGGUUACAAUAUGUCCGGAACAGAAGCAGGUGACAUUCCACCCGUUCUACAGCUCCGGCACGGCGGCUGUGAAGGGCGACACACCACUAGUCAAUGACUACCAUUAUUACUGGGAAGUCAAAAUGCUAACAGAGCCCUAUGGAACUGAUAUAAUGGUUGGUCUCGGAACUAGUAAAGUAGACAUGGCAGACUCCUUGUUCACCUUCACCUCAUUCCUGGGCCGCGAUGCGGAGUCCUACGGGCUCUCGUACACGGGGGCGCUGCGACAUAACGCUACAGUCACUAAGGAUAACACCGGCUUCUGUAAAGGCAGCAUUAUAGGCGUCAAAGUCGACCUCUGGCAGGGGACACUCGAGUUCUAUCUUAAUCGGAAAUCACAGGGCAUAUCUUUCUACAACCUCCGUCGCCACCAGGCUCUCUACCCCAUGAUCUGCUCCACUGCCGCCAAGUCCUCAAUGCGGCUGAUAUACGCGGCGUCCUGGCAGGCCUCGCUCAUGGUGGACGCCGUCAAGAUCCUCGCUGCAUCAGUGAACGGAGAGCUAGUACUACCGCCCGGCCUACACAGCACGCUGAAAUCACAGUUCUGGUUGACACUGCCUAAUCAAAAAUGUAUCCUUGACGAAGAGGAGGCUAAACCAGAGACAAGCCAGUCAAACAAACCUAUUACAAACUUGCUGACGGACGCAUUCCCGAGCUACAUCAAUGGUUUAUACGUCGACACUCUUGAGCAUGAUUAUCCUAUUGUGGUGUGGCAGUGAAAACACAAGUUUGCACCAUUCAUGUCGAUGGAGUUAAACGAACGCAAUGCACAUGUUGUGUACAUGGGAUUAGUUUAUUCUUAGUAAUCUUAAUCACAUAAUGUAUGUUUAUUAAAAUAUAAAAGACAACAAACCAACACCUUUUUGUAAGCAUAAUAUUAAGCAAAAUUUUUAACAGGUUCUGGCAUCAUAAUAUUUGUUCUUAAUAAUUAGGUUUUUAUACUUUUGCUUGAAGUCAAUGUAUAAAAUGGUAGUGUACCAAUAUGAAUAUGCCCCAAUUAUCUUCUGAAUUUACUAUUUUCGUUUCAAAACCUAAGAUUUUUUUAUAGUACCUUAUAGCUUUUUUUCCAGCGUUUCAUCUAGUUUUUGUAAACACGAAUAAGUGCGUGCCAAAAAUUUAUAUUUAUUAGUUUAUUGUUCUGUUCUUUUCAAUUCAAUCGAAAAAUGUGAAGUUUUUAAUAAAUGUAUUUUAUUCUUUAGGUAAAUGUACCAACAUUCUUCAAUAAUGAAUUCCAUAAAUACUAAGAAUGAUUCUUACAGAUGUAUUUUACGAAUGUAAUGUUAUAUUAUUACGGUGUUUAAUAAAUUAAGUUUCGUAAUAGUAA